AUGUCUUCUUUAUCACCAAAUCAACCACUUUAUGCAGAUCCAAUUAUUGUUUUAUCACCUCCAACUAUUAAUUCUUCGGUCAAUGCGGUUGGAAAUCAGCAUUUGCCUAAAACUCGACUGCAUUAUAUUUGGGAACGUUUUAUAAAAUUCCUUAAUUAUAUACUUCCAUCAUUUAUUAUCUUUGUUUUACUGGUAUUUACUAUAUACCAAAUUGCUCUUGCUGGUUACAAUUGUCGACUGCCAGAUACAAAUAUUGGUUGGAUACGUGCUGCCUUAUUUAUGAAUAUUCCAUUCGUUUUGGGUGUAUUAUGCUACAUCGUCGUCUUAUUGGUGCAAAAAAAAUCUCCAACUUAUAGUCAUAUCCAAUUGAUGGCUUAUAACUAUUUCUAUAUCCUUAUAUAUCAUGCAUAUAUUGAUCGUUUUUUCUUCAACUCCGGCUAUCAAAUGAAUGAUGUACGCAAAGCAUUAAAUAAUGCAACACUCUUAGCUUCGCCAGAACAAAUUGUUCGACUAAAAUUUGGUAAAACUGCUUUUAAUUUAUUUGAUCGAUUUAUAUCGAGUAUUUCAAAUGGACAACGAUUAAAUUGUCUUUGUUCACUUUGGAUUGAUGAUACAAUCGUAAUCGAUGAAUUAUUGAUAUCCAGACUAGCGUCUAUAAUAAAUUAUGAAAAUCUUAUAUCAAUUCGUUUUGAUCAAAUUCGUUUUAAUAAUCAUUUACUGUUAACAAAAUACUCAUUUAAAUCACUUACACAUCUUGUUACAUCUUCGAGUGGAGAAUUUCGUACUUUAUUGCAAGUGAUACCAAUUCAGUUGACAUUUCUACAUAUGUAUUUUGAUUCCAUUAAUGAUAUAGAUGAAUUUAUUCGUCCGAAUAUGCAUAAACUAAGAUCUCUUGGUAUUGGCAUUCGAUGCGAUUCUUUUUAUAUUAAUCAAUUUAUAUUGCCUUUCAAAAAUUAUCAAUGGACGCAAUUAAUACAAUUCAAUCUCAAUAUCAACGGUGAUGUUAAUCUUCGAUUUCAUAUGUUACAAGAAAUAUUAUCUCCAAUGUAUCAUUUAAAAUAUAUAACAUUAAUAUUGAACAAAGCAUUGAGAGUGAAUGAUAAUAUAUUGAAUGGAAUUCAAUGGAGAUCGUUUUUAUCGAAGGCACUCAUUUUUUUAAAAACAUUUAAUUUCAAGUUUUCUAUUCAACCUACAUCUGAACAAGAAAUAUAUAUGAUUUUGGAUAGAUUUAAGUCACAAUGGUGGUUGAAAGACAAACAAUGGUUUGUGGAAUAUGAUGCCCAUCAAAAUGCUCUUAUUACUGUACCUUAUUUUGCUUCAAAAACUUUUGAUAAUAGUCAAUCAUAUUCAUUUGAUUUGAUGCAAAAUCCUAAAAUAUUCUAUUCGAAUAUCAAUACCUUAAGUAUCGACCUAGAGAAAGAUGAUGAUUUCAAACAAAUAUUAAUGUCUCAACCUAUAAAUCAACCACGUUUUAAUCAUGUAACAAAACUGUCAUUAAAUGGAUACUUAACGACAGAUAUUUGUGAUGCAAUUCGAAAUGAUGUGAAUCUUAGCAUGAUUCAAUAUUUUCAAUUUUCGUCAAAUGUUGGUACUAAUGAAGCUUUUAUUGAAUUGCUUGAAAGUAUAACAAAUCUUUCUUCUAUUCAUUUACAAUAUUUACAUAGCCUUGAUCUAUUUAAUCUAAUUUUAUUUCCAUAUCAUUCUCUUCGACAUCUUGUUAUAUUUGAUUAUGAACCAACAACAACAAAAAAACUUUACUCUCGUAUAUGUAAACUUUUUCCACGAUUAACUCAUUUAACAACAGAUUAUCAUUCACGACGAAAUUUACGGUAUUUGUUAAAGAAACUUAUUCAUCUUGAAGAGAUUACUUUACGUUUAUCUCAAGAUCAACAUGCUCCAAGUCAAUCUUGGAUCACACAAUAUACUCGAUGGCGAAGAGACUCCUUUGAAUUAAGAGUAUUCAAAUCUGCUAAUGGAGAAAGACGGCUAGUGUUGUGGAUCAAUACCAAUAAGAAUAUGGAAGAGCGACGGCAUUCUUUUAAAAAAAUGUUUCAUACAAUAACUGAUAUCAAAUUACAUUCUGUAUACAAUUAA